AUGGCUGCAGUAACUGAAGCAUCUGUUGAAAAUAAUAUAAAAGUUACUUUCAUUACAUCAAAUAAAGGUAAAUUGUUGCUGGUGUUGAAUAAUUAUUUAUACAAACGCAAUAAAAAAACGUCUACGAAAAAAUAUUGGUUAUGUAUUAAUAAUGAAUGUACAAUGUAUGUUCAUACAGAUACAAAUGACAAGUACUUAUAUGGUGGUACAGCUCAACAUGAUCAUGAACCAAAUCCGGAAAUGGUUGAAGCUAGACAAGUCCGUCAAAAGAUAAAAGAACGUGCUCUUAAAGAAUUAAUACCAAUUUCAAUGAUUUAUGAAGAAGAAAUUGCUAAAAUAUCUAAUCACUCAACGACUUUGGCUAUUUUACCAACUAGUCAAGAAAUAUAUCCAUCCGUUGCGAAAGCUCGACAAAAAACAAUUCCAUUAUUACCACAAUCGUGUUUAUUUGAUGUUCCAGAUGAUUUUAAAACAACAACUGAUGGAAAACGAUUUUUAUUAUCUGAUGCAUCACCUGCACGACGUGAACGUGUGUUAAUAUUUGCAAGUGAUCGUCAACUGGACGUCUUAUUUCAUUCUCCUAUUAUUUAUAUGGAUGGAACAUUUUCCAAAAGUCCUCCACAUUUUACACAAAUAUAUAUUAUACAUGCAAUUGUUUUUGAUAUAUUAAAUAAAAAAUCUGUGACAUAUAGACAUAUAUUCGAUGAACUGAAACAAAGAGCAGCAGAACGUGGUAAAACUUUUUCACCUGCAAUGAUCAUGACUGAUUUUGAAGCAGAUUUUUUACCAGUGUUUCCUGUAUCAAAACAUUAUGCAUGUUUUUUCCAUUAUUGUCAGGCAAUAUAUCGUCAAAUACAACAUUUAGGAAAACAACAGGAUCAUUCAACAAAUGAAUCUUUUAGAGUAUUAUGCAGGAAAAUUGUGGCAUUAGCAUUAAUGCCACGUGAACAUAUUAUUGAUAGUUACAAAGAAGUUCACGCUGAUGCUGAUAAAUUACCCGGUUAUCCUAUACAAGAAUUAUUAAUUUAUUUUGAAAAAAACCGAAUGCAACUAAAGUUAGCAGCUGAAUUAGAUAUACCUCUUGUUCUUCAUUGUCGUGGUGCACAUUUAUUUGAGUUAAUGUUUCAUGAACUGGAAUUACAUUUGAAUUCGAUGCAUAAAAUACAUUGGCAUUGUAUCAAUCAAGCAAGUGAUCUCAAUGUAAUUACAAGUUUUCUCAAAUAUUUCAACAAUGCAUAUAUUGGAUUAAAUUGUUCUAUUCUUUCUCAAGAAGAUAUUGAAUCGAAUACCUUAUUUCACAAAUGGAUCUUAUCUCAUGAAGAUAUUACUCGAUAA